AUGUACUCCUAUUGUAUAAAAUGUGUUAUUUAUUUGCUACUGGAUGUGAUGUACUCAUUUCCCAAUAAAAGUGGUGCGUCAGUGGAGUCUUUUCCCACUGCAUUUGGUAUUCCCAUUGGUUUAGGCAAACUGGUACAAGGCAUGUGGUUGCUUGACCAUCAUGAUCAUGAGAGCUCUCUGGAGCUGCUCUUGCAUCCAGCCACCAGUCACUCACUUUGGAGCUGGCAACAUGAGCGUGUCCUGCAAGCUUUGAUGUGUCAGCAAAAGCACACCCUUGCUCUACGCUACUUGCAUGUGAUGAAGCCUCCACUGUGCACUACCAGCCAAGCCAAGCUUUCCCUUUCAGUCCUGCUCCAUAACAGGUGUAUUGUGGAGGCAAUGGCGUUGUUAAGGCAGCACUGUAAUAAGUUAAACAUGGAAGAGCUGAUGAAGUUUCUCUUCGAUACGUGCCAGGAGCUAGGUCUGAUGAAAGAGCUACUGAAUCUGCCACUUGGCAUGGAAGAACAGGAGUGUUUGAAACGAUUCCUUCAAAACUCUGGAGGUUUCCAGAAUCGAGAGCUGCUUAUGGUCCACUACCUCCAGCAGGCCAAUUAUGUUCCUGCCCGUCAACUCAACCAGACCCUCAAAAUGAACCUUGCAGCCGAUCAGGAUCCUAAGAUGAAGGAAAGGUCAAACACUAGGAACUCCAUUUUAAACCAGUAUUGGAAAGUUCUUCCACGAGUUCAAAGGAAACUAGUCAUUGAGCGAGCAAAACUAUACCAACACCCUGCUACGAUCCACAGAGAAGUUAAAAGACCUCAACCUUUGUCAACUGUAGCUAAUGUCAUGACUCGAGCAGCUUUUAUCAAUAAUGUUCUUUCAAAAAUUGAAGAAGUUUGGGUUGGCAAGAACCCUACUCCAGAGUCAUCGCCUUCCAAAAGCCCCAGAGAGGCAGAGAUGCAAGUGCCAAGCCUGUUUCUUCCCUCGCCAAAUCUACCCGAGCCCUUUGUAGGAAAACCUAUUAAUAUGUUAACCAAAAGGAUGUCCAGGCUUUUGGAUUUGGUCGUGCAGCCAUCUUCCCAAACUUCUCCAGAGAGUUCUAAUUUGCCGGGUACACCAUCAAGGUCCAUAAACUCAUGGGCUGGCCCAAAGAGUAUCAGUAAAGCUCCAGAGCUCAAUCUGUUGCAAACUCCACAAGUGGUAAAGAGAGCUCGAGCAUUGGCAUCAGGCCCAGUUUACUCAGCCUUCAUCCCACAGUCUAUUCUGAGGACUAGCUUACGACCCACUCCUGUGGCCACCCCUUCUGCUUCUCCAGGCCGGUCCAUCUCUCCUACACCUCGCCACAAAGAAAGUCGCAUUACAUUUAUAGAGGAUGCUGACUCUCUAGAGCCUCCCACGGGAUCUGUCCACUGGAACAACGGGAUUGCCUUUAACAGGGAGAUCAAUACACCUAAGAGGUCGUCCCCACCUCCCAAAGCAAAUAUUGAAGUCUGGAGCGAACAUUUAGAUUUAGAAGAGGAAGACAAACAUCUAAGGACACACAACCCCUUACUGGAAGAAGGAGAUAAUCUUGAUGUACAAUCUGAGAGUGGGUCUUCUGUACAAGAGAUCCCAGCAGAGUUGUCCAAACAAGUGCUACCAACUCUUGUGUCUCGGCCAAGUCUCGGGCAAGAAGCAAGUUUUGUCUCUAAUCAGUCUGAUUCCACUCUCGAGUUUAAUAAAGCUCCUUUACCUGAGGAUUUUAUGGAAAUGCAGAAGAAAUGUAGAGCAGUUGACAGCUUUGAUCAUGAGGUGACUGUGAAUCUUCCUUCUUCAGAUAAAGAUUUGUCGCUAGUAGAAAUACAUGAAAGGGAAGAGUUGCCCUCUAUUGCAACGCCUGAGAAAGAGCUGGAAAACUUGCCUAGUGGAUCAAGCAUAUCCAACACAGAGGAAUCUCAGAGUCUUGAACUUGAAUUGCCUGUAAAUGUUGAGAAUAAUCUUGAGAAGGAAGUGAUUAAGGAGCAUUCACAGAUUGACAUUCACAUUCAAGUUAUAGAAUUGGAGCAUUUGCUUCAAGUUCACAAACCAAGUGACUCACUAGAGGGUUUGGCUGAGGUUUCAGUUCAUUCUGACAUCCAAGAACUUAGAGAUGCAGAAGAAUCUGUAGAUGAAUCCUCUAUUGUUGUUGAAGCUGUCAAUAUAAUUCCUGUGGAGGAAUAUGCAGCCCCUAGCACAUCUGAAGAACCAGUAGGCAAAGAGGAAGAACCAGUGGAACAAGAACCGGAUAUUGAGCCAUCUGUUAAAUCUGAAAUUCCGACGAAAGAGUUGGUGAGCCAUGAACCUGUUGCUGACAUUAUUGGUGAACCUAAGAAAAGUGAGGAAUGUGAGGAGGAAUCUAAGGAAACGUCAGAUUUGGAUGCCUUUGUGGAACAGCAUUUAUUUGGCCCAGACCUGUCUCCACCCUUGACUCGGACCAGCAUUAAAGAAACCCCAGAUGCAUUAGUUCAAAGUGAACCAGUUUGUGAUGUUGAGGAAGUUCAACCUGUUCCUGAGAACGUAGCAGAUUUGAAAACACAGACAUCUGUUACCUCAUCAGAACAUGCAACCUCAGAGUCCAGAUCUGUGGUGACCUUGAAUGACAGUGAUGAGCUCACUAGUGCCCAAUCUGAGGAUGAGUCAGAAGAUAAAGGAGAGUCUGGUGAUGUGAAUUUCGAGGACUCCGGUAGUGAGGUUGAGAUCAUAGAAGAAGUAAAAGGUAACGGUAGGAGUAACCACCAGUCUAGUCCUGUCCUUUUCUUGGAGGAAGUCCUACCACAUGAGCAGUAUCUUCAGGAACAAGCAGAUGCCGUGCUAUCAUUGGUCACCCCUGAGGAACAGCUGAAAGUAUUGGAUAGUGACAUGCCUUUGGGGGAUGGAGAAGUGGUAAUGGUUGGCCUAGCCCCUGCAGAUGUGGAUGAGGAAGAUGCCGUGUCUUAUACUGAACUAAAACCAUCCACCACUCUCCUCGUACCUGUAGAGCUGGCUGAGGAACCGCAGAGGCACCUUACUUUACAGACCCUUAGCAGUGCCCCAGAUGAAGCACCUCCAGAAGACUGUGGCAACUUUACUCUUGUGUUGGAUCCCGAUGUGGAGGAGGUGCCUAACACUUUAGAGUUGGACUCCAAUAAUGAUUUCAUACCUUCACAUGAGCAAGGACAACCAAAGGAUAAUCAGCUUAACUCUGAGUUGGGCACCUUGGAACAAACUGUUGAUGCUCCUGAAGACUUGGAACCAGAGAUGGAGCCUGUUGAGGAACCUCUCGUAGAGGAGGAGCAAAUGGAUUCUCAAGUACCUUCUACACCACAACGUGUUACAAGGAGUGGCAAGCAACUGCUGGACAUUCCAGUUUCUGUUACACCCAGAAGCACCCGAAAAGCACAUGUAGAACAGUUGGGUAAUGACGUUGACCAAUGUAUACCUUCUGCAAAAGUAUCAAAGCCUACAAGUUCAGCACAAAAGACCCCACAGAAAGCCACACCUAGGAAAAAAUCCCGAAGACUAAGAGACACAGUUUAUAAAGAAGAGGAGCCCAUAUCAACUGACCCCAGCAAUGACCCACAACCACAGACCAGACAGAGUGCCAUAAAAGCACUUCAAACAAUCAUUGAAGUUCCUGAGGAACAGCUAAAAGUAUUGGAUAGUGACAUGCCUGUGGGGGAUGGAGAAGUGGUAAUGGUUUGCCUCGCCCCUGCAGAUGUGGAUGAGGAAGAUGCGGUGUCUUAUACUGAACUAAAACCAUCCACCACUCUCCUCGUACCUGUAGAGCUGGCUGAGGAACCGCUGAGGCACCUUACUUUACAGACCCUUAGCAGUGCCCCAGAUGCAGAAAGCUCAGAAGAUGCAGUAAAUUCCCAUCCUAAAGAGGACAAUGGCCCGGUAGAUGAUGCAGUGGAAACUGAAGCUGUCAAAUCCAAAAAGAAGAGAAAAACUAGGAAAAAGGCGGCCCCAGAACCUCCACCGCCUGUUGAGAUCAGUUUCCUCUCUCCUUUGGCUAGUCCAGCCGAACCAAAUGCAAGAACCGAAAAGAGUACGGACGUGAAGGAUACUCCCUUGCUGAAGAUGAAUCUACGACUCUGUAGGCAGUUUCUGGACGAUGAAGGCAUUGACGCCAUUGACUGGCCUUCACAUUCUCCAGACCUUAAUCCAAUUGAGAACCUCUGGGAUCUCAUGUAUCUGAAGACAUCAAGUAGCACCAUAUAG